AUGUACACCGCAUUUUUGGGAGGCGUUACAGCAUUCACAUGGGACCACGUAGCGAAAAUGAAUGGCGCUUCAAACAUUUUCUUCGGUUGGGGUGGUGAAGAUGACGACAUGCAUAUGCGAUUAAAACUGAACAAUAUGACUGUGGAUCUACCUGCACCGCGCGAGGGAAUUUUUGACGAAUUUGAUUCAAAUCAUGCGCGUGAACGCAAUCCUGAAAGAUUCGCACUAAUUACUCAAGAGAAUGUAACUGCCCGCUGGCGAAACGAUGGAAUUGAGCAAACACGCUACCGCAUUAUAAACAGAAUUGACUAUGAUCUUUUUGUCUGGCUUUUUGCUUCUAUUUAA